AUGUCCAGCUUCGAAGUCGGAACCCGGUGUUGGUAUCCAGACAAGCAAGAGGGAUGGAUAGGCGCAGAGGUGACGAGUCACGCGCAUAACAACGACAAAUACCAGUUGACGCUGACGCUUGCCAGCGGAGAAAAUGUCGAGAUCGAGACGAAGUCUCUCGAGGAAGACAAAGACAAUGUCCUGCCCUUGCUCAGAAAUCCGCCAAUUCUCGAGGCCAUCGAGGAUCUGACGUCGUUGUCGUAUCUCAACGAGCCCGCAGUGUUGCAUGCGAUCCGGGCGAGGUACGGUCAGCUGAACAUCUACACAUAUUCCGGUAUCGUGCUGAUUGCAGCGAAUCCGUUCGACCGGGUCGAACAGCUGUAUUCGCAGGACAUGAUUCAAGCUUACGCCGGUAGAAGGCGUGGUGAACUCGAGCCGCAUUUGUUCGCCAUAGCGGAAGAAGCAUACCGUCUGAUGAAGAAUGACCACAAGAAUCAAACCAUCGUCGUGAGCGGAGAGUCCGGUGCCGGUAAAACGGUGUCUGCUAAGUACAUCAUGCGGUAUUUCGCGUCAGUAGAACAGGCUGUCGAUCACAGAUCCUCCAAUGGCCACGCGCCUUUGGAGAUGUCGGAGACAGAAGAACGGAUUUUGGCUACAAAUCCGAUCAUGGAAGCAUUUGGUAAUGCAAAGACCACCAGAAACGAUAACUCUUCGAGAUUCGGGAAAUAUCUGGAAAUUCUUUUCAACAAGAAAACGAGUAUCAUAGGUGCUCGCAUUAGGACAUACUUGUUGGAGCGGUCUCGACUUGUGUUUCAACCUCAAAAUGAACGUAAUUACCACAUUUUCUACCAGCUUUUGGAAGGUCUACCGCAGGAACAGCGCGAUCAAUUAGGUUUGACGAAAAUUGAGGACUACCACUAUCUAAAUCAGGGUGGAGCACAUCACAUCGAUGGAGUCGAUGAUGCAAAGGAUUAUCAAAUCACAGUUGAGGCGCUCAGCACCGUGGGAUUUUCUGCUGAUACCCAAUUUCAACUUUUCAAAAUCUUGGCAGCUUUGCUGCAUAUUGGUAACAUCGAAGUUAAAAAGACAAGAAACGAUGCUUCUCUGAGCUCUGACGAACCCAAUUUGCAAAAAGUUUGUGAACUUUUGGAAAUUGACUCCUUCAAUUUUGCCAAGUGGAUCACCAAGAAGCAAAUUGUCACCAGAUCGGAAAAGAUUGUGUCAAACUUGAGUUAUAGCCAAGCUUUGGUAGCACGGGACUCCGUCGCGAAAUUCAUCUUUUCUGCUCUUUUCGAUUGGCUUGUGGAAAACAUCAACACCGUUCUCUGUAAUCCUGAAGUGGCCAACGAGAUUGAAUCUUUCAUUGGAGUACUGGAUAUUUAUGGGUUCGAGCAUUUCGAAGUAAAUUCUUUCGAACAAUUUUGCAUUAACUACGCGAACGAAAAACUGCAGCAAGAGUUUAACCAGCAUGUCUUCAAAUUAGAGCAACAAGAAUACGUUACCGAGGAGAUUGAAUGGUCUUUCAUAGAAUUCAACGACAACCAACCCUGUAUCGACCUUAUUGAGAAUAAAGUUGGUAUUUUAUCGCUGUUGGACGAAGAAUCCAGGUUGCCGGCUGGCUCUGAUGAAGGUUGGACUCAAAAAUUGUAUCAAACCCUAGACAAACCUCCUACAAAUGAAGUCUUCUCUAAGCCGAGAUUCGGACAGUCCAAAUUCGUUGUGUCCCAUUAUGCACUGGACGUGGCUUACGAUGUUGAUGGAUUCAUUGAGAAGAACAGAGACACGGUGUCGGAUGGACAUUUGGAGGUCCUCAAGGCCUCUGCUAACCCAACGCUUUUAUCGAUCUUGAGUACGAUUGACAAAAACGCUGCCAAGAUUGCUGAGCAGCAAGAGGCAAAUAAGAAACCAGGGGGAGCACGAAUGAUAAACAGGAAACCAACUUUGGGUUCCAUUUUCAAAAAUUCGCUGAUAGAAUUGAUGAACACCAUUAAUUCUACAAAUGUUCAUUAUAUUCGUUGCAUUAAGCCUAACGAGGACAAAGAGGCUUGGAAAUUUGAUAAUUUGAUGGUUUUAUCUCAGCUAAGGGCAUGCGGUGUUUUAGAGACAAUCAGAAUUUCAUGUGCCGGUUUCCCAUCCAGAUGGACGUAUAACGAAUUUGUGCUUAGAUACCAUAUCUUGAUUCCUUCCGAAUACUGGACUAAAAUUUUCACUGCAGAGGCUACUGAGGAAGACGUCAGAGAUAUGUGCCGAAGAAUCUUGGAUGUGUCGGUGGGAGACAAGGAAAAAUAUCAACUGGGUAAUACCAAGAUUUUCUUCAAAGCUGGUAUGUUGGCCUACUUGGAAAAAUUGAGAGGAAACAAGAUGCAUGCUGCAUCCGUCCUUAUUCAAAAGAAGGUCAAAGCACUCUAUUAUAGACGCCAGUACUUGGUAACAAUGAAAUCUCUCAAGAAUUUCCAGGCCUUGACAAAUGGCUUUGUUAUUCGUAAGCAGAUUGAGAUCCAAAUGGAGACCGAAGCAGCGCUAGUUUUGCAAAGUGUAUUCAGAGGUAUCAGCACUCGAGACCGAGUGUUGGGCUUGAUAGCUACAAUGAUUAAAAUUCAAGGUAUUGUGAAGCGCAAACUAAUGCAGAGGGAGUUGGCUGAGAGACAAAGAAUGGAUGCUGUCGUUGCCAUUCAAAGCAACAUUAGAGGUUUCGUCCCAAGGCAGAAAUACCGUUUGGUAAAAAGAUCAACAGUUACUGUCCAAUCUGGUGUUCGUAGGAUCUUGGCUCAAAAGCAGUUGAAGCAGCUAAAGGCGGAUGCCAAAUCUGUCAACCACUUGAAAGAAGUUGGGUAUAAGCUGGAAAACAAAGUCAUCGAGCUGACCGAAUCUUUGGCCCAAAAGGUCAAAGACAAUCGUCAAUUGAAUUUGAAAAUCGAAUCUUUACAACAGUCUUUGAAUGAGUCCGCAAACAUAAAGACAUUGCUAGCAACUCAGAAGAGCGAUCAUGCAAGGGAAUUACAAGCCCGAAGCGACACGCAUAAAUCCGAGGUAGCGGCGGUCAACGAAAAACUUGUUCUUGCUAAAGAAGAAUUGAGCAAGGCCAGAGCCGAAAUCGAUGAAUUGAUCGAGGAGCAAGCUAGAUUGCAAGAGGAUGUCAAGACAAAACUCGAGGAACUCAAGCAAGUAAGACAAGAAUAUACGGACUCUCAAACCCAAAAUUCAGAUUUGAAGAAUGAGGUGAAAUCGCUAAAAGACGAAAUUGGCCGUCUACAGAAUGCAAUUCGCAAUGGAAUUGCCACGAACGGUGUGAAUACGUCUACACCAACAAAAUCUCGCAGGUUCAGCAACCAUAGCAGUCUCAUGGAUGGGACUUCUCCUCGACAAUUCAACGUUGUUUCCAUGAAUAAUGGAGUGGAGGAAGAUGCUAGAUCAACUGCCAGUGCUUUGUCGCAGAUAAACGAUGAACUUUACAAAUUGCUGGAAGAUACCAAAGCGUUGAACACUGAGAUCGUCGAAGGCUUACUAAAGGCAUUCAAAACGCCGGAGACCGGUGUAGCUGUCGAACUCACCAGAAAGGAAGUUCUCUAUCCAGCAAGAAUUAUGAUCAUCAUUUUGAGUGAUAUGUGGCGGCUUGGCCUCACUAAGCAAAGCGAGAGCUUCUUGGCCGAGGCAAUGUCUACCAUUCAGAAAUUGGUUACAAAUCUGAAGGGAGAGGAUUUGGUUUCACACGGUGCGUUUUGGCUAACAAAUGUUCGCGAACUAUACUCUUUUGUUGUGUACGCCCAAGAAUCGAUUCUCAACGACGAUUCAUACAACAGUGGACUAAAUGAGGAAGAAUACAAGGAAUAUGUGACUCUCGUCACAGAGUUGAAGGAUGACUUCGAAUCCUUGAGUUACAACAUCUACAACAUCUGGCUAAAGAAACUCCAGAAAGAUCUUGAGAAAAAGGCCAUCUCUGCUGUCGUUAUGUCUCAGUCGCUACCUGGAUUUAUUGCUCCUGAAUCAUCACCAUUCCUGCCGAAACUUUUCGCUCAGAGUACUAGUUACAAGAUGGAUGACAUUUUGACAUUCUUCAAUAGUAUCUAUUGGUCGAUGAAAGCCUAUCACGUUGAGCAAGAAGUUUUCCGAGAUGUGAUAAUCACACUUCUCAAGCAUGUCGAUGCCAUCUGCUUCAACGAUUUGAUCAUGCGGAGAAACUUUUUAUCUUGGAAACGUGGUUUACAGCUGAACUACAAUGUCACUCGUCUAGAGGAGUGGUGCAAGUCUCAUCAUUUACCAGAAGGUACAGAAUGCCUGCAACACAUGCUACAAGCUUCAAAACUGCUGCAAUUGAAAAAGGCAAACCUCAGGGAUAUCAAUAUUAUUUGGGAAAUAUGUUCGGCAUUAAAACCGGCUCAAAUUCAAAAACUUAUUUCCCAGUACGCCGUUGCUGACUAUGAAGUUCCAAUUUCUCCAGAUCUGCUUAAAUUCGUCGCAGAUCGUGUCAAGAGCGAGUCAUCACUAUCGUCCGAUGGCAAAUCUCAAACGCAUAGCAGUGAUAUAUUUUUGUCGGUCGAUAGUGGUCCAUUCGAAGAUCCUUUCAAUUUGAUUGAAACGAGGCAGUUUGGCCGCAUUGAAGCAUAUAUUCCAGCAUGGAUGAACCUACCAUUAACGAGAAGAGUGGUGGAGUUAGUCACUCAGCAUGUGACGGUACAAGAGGCCCAAAAACUAACUUGA